AUGGCAUCCAAUCCCCCUUCAAGAUACCCUCCCUCCAAUGAGGAAUUGAGGCGGUUCUACAUUGGAAAAGACAUCGGCGACGUUCCCAAACCAGCGGUCGUGCUCGAUGUCGCAAUCGUCAAACGCCAUUGUCAAGCACUGCUGCGGACAAUGAAGCAGCUGAGCGUCGGUUUCCGAGCCCACAUCAAGACUCACAAGACACCGCAAAUCGCCCGUCUCCAAGUCGGCACAGAGUCCAGUGACGCAAACUUUGUCGUCUCAACGGUCGCCGAGAUGGAGACUCUGCUCCCACUACUGCAGGAACUGCAAGCCCAAAACCGCCGCAUCAAUGUCCUCUACGGCAUUCCGCUCGUCCCGUCCCAGGUCCCUCGUCUCGCCGCAUUAGCCCACAAACUGCGCACGACUGAUCAUGCUCUCCCCAUCUCCGUCAUGAUCGACCAUCCAGAUCAACUUACCUAUCUAAGCCAAUUCCACGAAAUCGCCGGCCUCCCCGCCGGUGUCUUCCUCAAAGUCGACACGGGAUACCACCGAGCUGGCGUCCCGCCAGACAGGCUCAACAAAAACGGACUCCUCGAGAAAGUGUUAGAAGCAGAGAGGAUAGGCCACGCGCGCCUGAUCGGGGUCUACUCGCACAGCAGCCUGAGCUACGCAGCCACCAGCCCUGACGAAGCCAUCUCGUACCUAAAAACAGAGAUCGAGGGGUGCGGACGGGCGCUGCGCCAGCACGCUUCCCUUCUGCCGGACAGGCCAUUGGUUAUUAGUGUCGGGGCCACGCCGCAGGUCGUCUCGUCGCGGAGUCUGUUGCAGGAGGAAUCCUUGACCCCUGAUGCAAAGGCGUUGAGGGACCUUUUGCGGGAUCCUAGUGCGCAGAUCGGGGGUAGAGUUAAGGUAGAGUUGCAUGCGGGGGUGUAUACUCUCCUCGACAUGCAGCAGCUAGCAACGAACGCGCAGCGCGCGGGUAGUUUUGAGGAGGAAAUCGCCAUCUCGGUGGUUGCGGAAAUGUGCAGUGUCUAUAACGAGGGAGAGCGGGAUAAGCCCGAGGCGCUGGUAGCGGCGGGAACUCUCGCUCUCGGCAGGGAGCCGUGCAAGUCAUAUCCCGGUUGGGCGGUCGUCGGCAACUGGAGACGGCAAAACGACAGGGGCGUGUCGCGUCUGAUCGUCGAGCGGAUCAGCCAGGAGCAUGGGAUUGUCGCUUGGGAGGGCGGUAAUGGGCCGGCGAUCCCGGUGCGGGUUGGCCAGGCUGUGAGGCUUUAUCCGAACCAUGCGUGUGUGACUGGUUCGUUGUAUGGGUGGUAUCUGGUGGUUGAUUCUAGCGAGGAUGGUGAGGGAUCCAGGGUAGUGGAUGUCUGGGCGAGAACAACUGGAUGGUAG